AUGAAGACGGAGUUUAAGUUCUCCAACCUCUUAGGCACUGUCUAUAGUCAGGGAAACCUACUAUUCAGUCCAGAUGGCUCUUGCCUUUUUUCGCCAGUGGGCAACCGAGUAACUGUUUUCGACCUUGUAAAUAAUAAGUCACAUACUCUACCAUUUGCGCAUCGAAAGAAUAUAGCUCGGAUUGGACUUACACCGCGGGGUAAUUUACUGCUGUCUAUCGACGAAGACGGACGUGCUAUUUUAACAAACGUUCCUCGACGAAUCGUACUACACCAUUUUUCGUUUAAAUCUGCUGUCAGCGCCCUAUCAUUUGCCCCUUCUGGAAGACAUUUUGCUGUAGGAGUCGGCCGACAUAUUGAAGUAUGGCAUACACCUUCAACGCCAGAUCAGAAUGUGGAUGGCGAGUUGGAAUUUGCGCCAUUCGUGCGACAUAGAGUCUAUGCGGGACAUUUUGAUACUGUAACGAAUAUUGAGUGGUCUGGAGAUUCUAUGUUUUUCUUAAGUUCCGCCCGGGACUUGACUGCGCGAAUUUGGAGUUUAGACCCCGUGGAAGAAUUCGUUCCAACAACACUUGCCGGCCACAGAGAAGGAGUGAUAGGCGCAUAUUUUUCGAAAGAUCAGGAAACUAUAUUCACAGUGAGCAAAGAUGGUGCUGUUUUCCAAUGGGAAUAUAUUGGAAAUCCAAAUGCUAUUGAGUCAGAUGAUGUGGCGAUGAAAGAUGACGGCGUUCAGGAAAGGUGGAGGAUUACAGAACGCCAUUACUUCUUGCAAAACAAUGCCAAAGUCAACUGUGCAGUUUUCCAUCCGGAUUCGAAUUUACUGGUAGCCGGAUUUUCCAAUGGAGUCUUUGGCCUUUACGAAAUGCCGGAAUUUAAUAUGAUUCAUACGCUGAGUAUCUCUCAAAACGAUAUAGACUUUGUUACCAUCAACAAAACUGGCGAAUGGUUGGCUUUUGGUGCCUCUAAGCUGGGUCAACUCCUCGUAUGGGAAUGGCAAUCAGAAUCGUAUAUUCUGAAACAACAAGGACAUUUCGAUUCGAUGAACGCCCUAGUAUACUCUCCGGACGGUCAGAAAGUUGUUACAACAGCCGACGAUGGGAAAAUAAAAGUUUGGGAUGUCAAUUCUGGGUUCUGUAUAGUCACUUUUACGGAGCAUACAAGUGGAGUUACAGCUUGUGAAUUUGCAAAGCGAGGAAACGUACUCUUCACCUCAAGUCUCGACGGUUCCAUACGGGCGUGGGAUUUGAUCAGAUAUCGAAAUUUUCGAACAUUUACAGCACCUACGCGACUCUCAUUCUCUUGCAUGGCAGUGGAUCCAAGCGGUGAAGUGGUGUGUGCAGGCUCUUUGGACUCUUUCGAUAUACAUAUUUGGUCUGUGCAGACUGGGCAGCUACUGGAUCGAUUAGCAGGACACGAAGGUCCAGUAUCUACAUUAGCAUUUGCGCCUAAUGGUGGAGUGGUCGUCAGUGGAAGCUGGGAUCAUACCGUGAGAAUAUGGUCAGUCUUCGAUCGCACGCAGACAAGCGAGCCUCUCCAGCUUCAAGCAGAUGUAUUAGACGUAGCGUUCAGGCCAGACUCGCGCCAAUUAGCUGUAUCUACACUGGAUGGUCAAUUAACUUUUUGGUCCGUGUCAGAAGCCGAACAACAAUCCGGAGUCGAUGGGAGAAGAGAUGUCUCUGGAGGCCGUAAGAUUGGAGAUCGCCGGACAGCAGCCACCUCCUCCGGGAACAAAAGUUUCAAUACCCUGCGAUACAGUGCUGAUGGAACCUGCGUUCUUGCUGGUGGAAACAGCAAAUACAUUUGUUUGUACUCUGUUGCCUCGCUUGUCCUUCUUAAACGCUUCACAGUCAGCAUAAAUCUAUCAUUGUCCGGGACGCAAGAGUUCCUGAAUAGUAGACUAUUAACAGAAGCUGGUCCCGAAGGACUUAUUGAUGAACAAGGAGAAGCUUCAGACCUCGAAGACCGCAUCGACCGAACCCUUCCAGGCGCCACACGUGGUGGCGAUCCAUCAGCUCGAAAACGUAUGCCUGAAGUCCGAGUAUCAGGGUUGGCAUUCGCUCCUACUGGAAGAUCUUUCUGCGCAGCAUCGACAGAAGGUCUUCUCAUUUACAGUCUGGACACCCUUCCUCUCUUUGACCCUAUCGACCUCGAUCUGGCCGUCACACCAGCUUCUACCAUACACGUCCUUGAGAAAGAAAAGGACUACUUGAAGGCUUUAGUCAUGGCCUUCCGUCUCAAUGAGGCACCACUCAUCCGCCAAGUCUUUGAGGCAGUUCCACACACAAGCAUUGAACUCACAGUCGCUGAGCUGCCAAUAGUAUAUAUACCUCGAUUACUCCGUUUUGUCGCAUUGCAGACGGAGGAAUCCCCUCAUUUGGAGUUCUGUCUAUUAUGGGUUCAAGCAAUAUUGGUAUCUCAUGGCCAAUGGGUGAGUGACAACAGGGGUCAAGUCGAUUCCGAGCUGAGGGUUGUCGCCAGAGCAGUUGGAAAAAUCAGAGACGAGCUGAGAAGAUUAGCGGAUGAAAACGUAUAUACCAUUGAUUAUUUGUUAAGCCAGCCUAGUGCAAAAGAUGGUUUGCAGAAUGGGCAAAAGAGCAUAGCGAGCGAGGCACAUGUCGAGAAUGCCAUGGACGAGGACGAGGAUGGUGAAGGCGAAUGGAUUGGUUUAGAUUAA